CAUUCCAGUGUAGGCCAUCUCUUUUGCAGGAAUUUUGUAAAUGCACAAAAAAAGCCAUAAUCUGAUUUAUAGAAAAGUGCAAAAGUAUGGAGCGGUUGCAAAUGCACUGGGAUCUUGCAGUUUACUAGUAGUUACCCCUCCUCUGCCAGAAUGCCACAGAAGCAAUGGGAAACAAGUAAUAAGGAGGUCAAUGGCUUGCUUAAGAGGAGAAAGAAGUUGGUGACUUAGAGGACCAGUCAGACUUAGUGUUAAGUGAUACAGAACAAAGGCAAGGACAGCCCCAUUAAUCUUUUGGACAUCCCUGCCCUUUGAGAUUUAUUUGUUUUUUAGUUUGCGUGUGUUUUGCUGUUACCACUGGUUGCUACUAUGUCACCAAACCUUGUGAAUCUUCAGCUGAUAUGAGAACAUUUGACAACUGUUUCAUGAUAGUGACACUAAGGAAUUCCUCGGUGCAUCAAAAUAUGUGAAAUCAUGAGUAUUUGUUUGUCUGGACAUCGUGAUAAUCGUCUCAGAAGUUUACAGAGCGAAAUUCAAACAAAGCAGUGCCAAUUUCAUAUUCUUAUUUAUUAAAAUACUCAACACUUAAGUCUCCAUAGCAACAAGAAUAUUGCACUAGAAAAAGUCUACACUUUAUGAAUUCAGUAUAUUGCUGCUUUGAAUUAUUUAAAUUUCAUCUGCUUCUUUUAUCUAGAACAAGCAGUGUGUUGAUGAAAAUGACUAGCCAAAGUUUGACCUAUCAGUAUGUCUACAUAGCUGAAUGACCAGUGGUGUCCAGGUUAUAGGCCUGGCUGUUCUUGUCUGUCAAACGUCAUUGUCCAAUUAGGAUCAGUGGAAGUGUGUGUGCACCAGAAAGCGAUGUGGGUCUGAAGCAGCCAAGCAAUUUGCAAAAUGGUACCUGACUUACAUCCUGCUUUUCUUCUAAGUGCAAAACAGACAAGGACGUUUUCUUGACAGAUGACCUUGAUGCCAUAUAUCCAAUGAUAUUUGAAUUUUUUUGUUUUUGUUAAAUUCACUAUUAAGUUCAGACUUGAAAUGGCAGUACAUUCAUAUUUACAUUACUUAAAUGUGUGUUCUGUGUGACCGAAUAUGUUGAAUUUUUGGAGGCCAGUUGAAAAUAUCAGCUUUACAAGUACUCACUCUGUUUAUUUACAAAUUGUGAUAGGCAGUAAUAGUAUCACAGCUUUAUUGUACGUCAAUGUAUUUAUUGGUUUAGCAAGAUGUAGUACUGAAAAAGAGUCUUUUGUGUCAAUGUUGUCUUCAUCUACUAUCUCAAAGCAAAUUAUUAGCAAAUGCAAAAAGACAUGCAGUUUUAAUAUUGGUUGUAAGGAGUGUGUCUGAGGAUGUGUGUAUGUAUGAUGACUGAUGGAUGACAUUAAAAGCUGGUUCUAUUAGUUUUCAAAAGCUUCAGAGACAUUCUUUGUUUCAUAUUCAAACUGUUCCGUGAUUUUCACAUUGAAAGGAAUGACAUUAUGCAUGGAAUGUCAAUCACACUUUGUCAUGUGUACCAUUCCAUACUAGAAAGUGCUUUCCUUUCCAACUGAAUAAUGAGCCAUUUUGUGAUCGACGACGCUAGUUGAGCUUGUAUUCCUCAAUGGCAAUGAAGCAAACACAGCCCUCCUAAGCUCCUCCCCUUGGUUGAUAGUGUUUUUAUAAAAACAAUUUUUCAAUUCAGGUGGCCAGAAACAGUGAAAACCUGUACAAUACAGCACACAAAGUACAGUCUAAGGGGAAUCAAUCCAGGUAGGCGGAUGUGAAUUUAAAAUACAUAUAUUCUGCUAUAGGUCAUGAUGUUGCAAGGUGAAUAUGUGCAUUAGGUUGAAAUACGUGUUUAAGAUUAAGUUUAUGUAUCAUGUUUAACAUUUGGUGGUACACUGAUGUACUUUUGAUUGGUCACUUUAAAAUUCUCUGAUGUCAAUUCCUUUUUUUCUUCAUGUGACUUGAUAUAUUUGGUUUUGAUAUUUCUUUAUGCAAAGUUGUAUUGCAUUGUGUCAGUUUUUGAUUUAGUGGUCCCUACAUUUUGUUACACCCUUUAUUUUAUUUAUAACAUAAGAUUUAUUAUAGUCUUUGGCAUUAGUAUUUCUGUCUUUAAAUGCAGUCCGAAAGUUAUUGUGUUCACAGUCAAGGUGAGCCAUACUGAUGUCCUGCAUUGCCAUGUGUGUCUAACUGUUCUAAUCAGUUCCUCAGUGGAACAAGCCUACUAAACUCAAGGUUAGAUAAGGGAACUGCUCCUUUUCAAUGUCAAAGCAAAGACACAGUGAUGGACACAGGAACAAGUUUGACAAAAGUUUCAUUGUUCCUAGGAUUGUCCUUUACUAAACAGUUUCAGUACUGCUUUAUAAGGUGUAAUGUAUAUAUUAGUGUCUUUGAAAGUAAGCAAACAAUGGAAAUGAUGAUACAAUUCUAUUUCCCACUUCGCAAUGCCUUUUCAUGUAAGUUCAACACAUUCUUUGGGCUUCAGAUGUGUAUGAAAUCAUGCACGAGGACCGCCCACGCUAUGUGAUUGACAGACCUGCAUACUCCCAGGCAGACUUUGAUGAAACAUUUAAUAGGAAAUCAAGGACUUUUCCUUUUGGAGACAAGGUUAAGAAAGCCUUCAGGUGCUCUGGGGGUCGUUUGAAGGCCCUGCUGUUCCGUCACCUGCCCGUGCUGCGAUGGCUGCCCAAGUACAACAUCAAACAGAACCUCCUGACUGACGUCAUCAGUGGUGUUAGCGCCGGCACUAUCCAGGUCCCACAGGGUAUGGCAUUUGCCCUGCUAGCCAGCCUGCCUCCGGUGAAUGGCCUCUACUCCUCCUUUUUCCCACUCAUUCCGUAUUUCUUCAUGGGCACAGCACAUCAAAUGGUACCGGGUACAUUUGCUGUACUUAGCAUCAUGGUAGGUAUGGUCUGCCUUAGACUGGCACCAGAGUCUGACUUCACCCACUUCAACGCCACCCUCAAUGCCACAGUGGUAGAUGAGGAGAGGAUGAACCAGGUUCGGCUGGGCAUCUCGGGGACCCUAGCAUGUCUGACAGCCAUCAUACAGAUUGGACUGGGCCUGAUGCAAUUUGGUUUUGUGGCCAUCUACCUAUCCGAGUCGUUCAUUCGAGGCUUCAUGACAGCAGCCGGCCUCCAGAUCCUCAUAUCUGUCCUGAAGUACAUCUUCGGUAUCAAAGUGCCUCCCUACAGUGGGCCUUUAGCUGUUAUAUAUACUCUGGUGGACAUUUGCCGUGGCCUGCCUCACACUAACAUUGCAUCACUGGUCUUCGCUCUGGUCAGUAGUGUGGUGCUCAUCAUAGUCAAGGAGCUGGGGGCCCGAUACCGCCACAAAAUCCCCUUCCCCAUCCCCAUAGAAAUCAUCGUAGUGGUAGUGGCCACAGCUAUCUCGGGUCCCCUGGAUCUACCAGAAAUCUAUCACAUGGACAUAGUGGGAGAGCUUCCCCUAGGGUUCCCAAACCCCAUCUUACCCCAGGUUUGGGAGUGGGAUGAGAUGCUGAGCACAGCUUUCUCUCUUGCCAUCGUGGGUUAUGUCAUCAACCUGGCCAUGGGUAGAACUCUUGGAGCUAAACAUGGCUACGAUGUGGACCCAAAUCAGGAGAUGCUUGCUAUCGGCUGCAGUAACUUCCUAGGCUCCUUUUUUAAGAUCCAUGUGAUCUGCUGCGCCCUGUCUGUUACCUUGGCAGUGGACAGUGCAGGGGGUUCCUCCCAGUUUGCAAGCCUGUGUGUUAUGCUGGUGGUCAUGAUUACCAUGCUGGCUUUGGGUGCCUUCCUCAAGCCUCUGCCCAAAUCUGUUCUUGGAGCCCUAAUCGCAGUCAAUCUGAAGAACACACUGCUGCAACUGUCUGAUCCCUUUUACCUGUGGAAGAAGAGCAAGCUAGAGUGUUGUGUAUGGAUUGUGUCUUUCUUGGCAACAUUCUUCCUGAGCUUACCAUAUGGCGUGGCCAUUGGAGUUGGUUUCUCUAUCCUGGUGGUGAUCUUUCAGACUCAGUUUCGGAAUGGUUCAGAGGUGGCUCAAAUAUUGGAUACAGACCUCUACAAAAACCCCAAAGUUUAUAGUAAAGUCAAGUCUCUGUCUGGAGUGAAAAUAGUUAGCUACUGCUCUCCUCUUUAUUUUGCCAAUGCUGAUAUAUUCCGUCGAAAGGUCAUCAAAAAGACCGGACUAGACCCAGGCAAGCUUCUCCUUGCCAGAAAGAAGUUCCUGAAGAAGCAGCAGAAAGAGAUACAACUACAGGGUAACACCGCGCAGAGGAGAAAAACUGUGAGCUCCCUCAUGUUCAUGAAACCUCAGACUACAUCACAGCUCCAGCUGCAACAAGACUUUCAGACAGAUAAUGUCAGCAACCAGCAGUCCAUGCCCACCAGCUAUGUAAACUUCCACUGUAAUGACACAGACCAGACUGACCAGCAGAACGACUCUCAUCUCCCUUCUCCCUUCACCAUGGAAACAUAUCCCGUGCCCUUCCACACACUCAUCCUGGACCUGGCAGGUGUCUGCUUCAUCGACCUGAUGGGAAUCAAAGUCCUUACCAAGAUGAAUAAUAGUUAUGAGAUGUUGGGCAUCAGCUUUUACCUGGCCAAUGUACAAGCUCAGGUGUAUGAAGAGCUGGAGACAGGUGGAGUGUUUGAGGACGGCAGUAUCAAACGCAGCCACCUCUUUCUCUCUGUGCAUGAUGCCAUCCUCUGUGCACAGCAGAGGUUGACCACUCUAAGUGCCUCAGAGAAGAUGGAGAGAGUCAGGAUAGAGCUGGCCUUUGACCUGGAAGAGGAGGCGAAAGACCUGGAACAGGUACUGUAUUUCAAGUUUAAUAAUCCACAAUUGAAUGAGAUACACCACAACUUGAAUAGAGGAGUUUUUGAAAAACACUGAAUCCGCAUUUUUUCCACAGGAGCUGUUUUAACUGACUUACAAACCUCUCCAAGAAACCAUCAAAGGCCAACACAUAUAUGGCGACACAAAUAAGAAAUUCAGGAGUCUAGGGAAACAUUUUGCCUGGCAUGCCGGGCAUUGCGUGCAAUGCCAUUGCUAGACUCUUCUACACUAUUUUAGCACCAGGCAUAAGCAUGGUAUAACUACUUUUCUGUUGUUUGUUCUGUACAGUAAAACCCAUACCAUUUUCAUUGUUAACCCCUGUAGAUGUCCCAUUCAAAAUUAAAACUCGGAAAUGAGACAACUAGAACUAGUACUAGAACCGACUAUGUGAAGAUUAUUGUUGUAUAAUCUGUUCUUUUUGAAAAUGUUAUGAUACUAAAUUAAUGCCUAUGUGCAUGUGCUCAGAGAGUGUUCAACUGUAUGACAUUGGUGUUGCUUAUAUUAAAAUCAACCAACUGCCCAAUGGAUAAA